CUUAUCCGACACCUGAUGCAGAGGUACGACGCAUCUGUUCGGCCAGUGGAAAACUCAUCACAUCCUCUGCUUGUGACCUUCGGCGUCUCGCUGCAUCACAUCAUCGAUGUCGAGGAAAAAGAUCAGCUGCUGACCACUAACUGCUGGAUCACGCAGAUAUGGACCGAUCAUCAUCUAAGGUGGAAUACCAGCGAUUUCGAUGGCAUCAGCGUAAUCAGAAUACCUUACGAAAGAGUAUGGAAGCCAGACAUUAUAUUGUACAACAAUGCAGAUCCAAACUACCGUUCUGCGGUGAUCAACACGAAUGUGAUAGUGAAGAACACCGGUGAAGUGACUUGGCUCAGUCAUGGGAUUUAUGUGUCAGUGUGUGAUAUCAAUGUGGAGCAAUUUCCGUUCGAUGUACAGCUAUGCACCAUGAAGUGGGCUUCUUGGACUUAUGAUGGCUUUCAGUUGGACCUGAAGAAACAAUUCGAUGAGGGUGACACCACAAAUUAUCAAACAAACGGAGAAUUCGACUUGGUGAGCUUCGAAGCGAUCAGACACAAUGAAUACUAUUCGUGUUGCCUCGAGCCCUACCCCGACAUUACCUACGUUAUAAAGCUACGUAGACGCCCUAUGUUUUACGUCUUCAACCUCAUUCUUCCUUGUCUACUCAUCAAUGGAAUAGCUCUACUUGUUUUCUAUGUGCCAUCAGAGUCUGGCGAGAAAGUAACCCUUGGUAUAAGUGCUCUCCUGUCAAUGACAGUAUUCCUUAUGACAAUACGGGAUACGCUUCCACCUACAGAAAAGACACCACUUAUAAGUCUGUACUAUGGAGUCAGUACGUGCUUAGUUUCGUUUUCAGCGUCGUUGUCCGUUGUCACUCUCAAUAUAUCUUACAGAGGAGUGAGAGGGCAGCCGGUGCCGGCACUCGUGCGGGAGCUCGUGCUGCAGCGCCUCGCGCGCCUUCUCUGUAUCAGCUUCGACACUGACGCCACCAAGGGUGACAGCAACGGCGUGGCGAUGAGCUCUGGCGUGCAAGUGAACCCGCGGACGGGCUCGCGACUGAAGUCGGAAGUGCAGUGCGAUGGGCCAGCGCCCCCCGCCUCACCACGCUUCGCCCGCCACAACCACAACCACCUCAAUCACGGUCCAGCAUCGGUCAAUGCGGGUCCAAGCGAGGCGCUGGUGUCUUCUGUUUGUGUGGGCACGUGCUCGCGUUGUGCGUGCUGUGGUUGCACGCUACGCGACGCAGCCGCGCGACACGAACAACGCGUCGCGGCCAGCGAGCGCCUCGAGCGUGCAAACUUAGAAUGGAAACAGGUGGCUGUCGUUGCAGAUCGCGCACUUCUCGCCGUUUUCGUGCUGGUGACCACCAUCGCCACUGCUGCCAUCCUACUGCCCCAGCUGAACAACCUUCACGUCGGAAAUACGCCAUUAAAGCCUCCUACUUAGAGUUGAGUCCUCGUAGUAAGAGAGCCUGUGAAACUUAGGAAAAUAUAA